UAGAAUGUAGUUAAAGCUAAUAGUACUGCUGAGCUCCUUCUCCCAACCAGACAAGCUCCUUUAAACUGUUCUCUGGUUCUAUCUCUUCAUCUCAUUCUAUAUAUUUUACUCAAAAUGUAUCUGUAGAGUUUGUAGUUCUCUACAUGUUAUAUCAUGUCAUGAUGUACAUAAAGCAUGACCAAGUACCAAAACUAUAUUCAAUUCUAAAUUAGAUAAAAAAAAAUAAAAAUUGAUUUUGGAACUUGGGAUGAUCAGGAAUGUUCAAGAGAAUUUCUCUAAUUUUGGUAGUUAUUUUGGUGUCAUGGGCAUUCCAGGCCACAAGGCCCCCACCACCUAAAAUAUGUGGCUCCCCUGGAGGACCACCUACUAUCACUGCUCCCAGAAUAAAGCUUAGAGAUGGAAGGUUUUUGGCAUACAAAGAGUAUGGUGUUGCAAAAGAAUUUGCCAAACAUAAGAUUGUCUUUGUUCAUGGCUUUGGAUCUUGCAGACAUGAUGCACUGGUUGCAACAACCCUCUCUCCGGAAACUAUUGAAGAACUACAGGUUUAUGUGGUGGGAUUUGACAGACCAGGCUAUGGAGAAAGUGACCCGGAUCCUAACCGCACAGUAAAGAGUCUGGCUUUAGACAUAGAAGAUCUUGCUGAUCAGUUGGGACUUGGAUCCAAAUUUUAUGUGAUGGGAUUUUCCAUGGGUGGUCAGGCCAUAUGGGGUUGCCUCAAGUAUAUUCCCAAUAGGCUUGCAGGAGCAGGACUCAUUGCUCCUGUGGUCAACUACUGGUGGCUUUCUUUUCCUACAAACAUUUCCACUGAGGCCUAUUACCUACAACUACCAGAGGAUCAAUGGGCACUCCGAGUUGCUCACUAUCUACCAUGGCUAACCUACUGGUGGAACACUCAGAAGUGGUUUCCUUCAUUAAGUGUUAAAGAUGAGAAACUUGAAAUUUUCUCUCCUCAAGAUUUACAACUUAUAAUGAAAAGACUCUCAGCUCCUAAUAAUGAGAGAGAAAAAUACAGGAUGCUUGUCAGACAGCAAGGAGAUUUCGAGUCUGUACAUCGGGACUUAAGAGUUGGAUUUGGGAGUUGGGAAUUUGAUCCAAUGACUGAUCUGAAGAACCCUUUUCCUAACAAUGAAGGUUCUGUCCAUCUAUGGCAGGGUGAUGAAGAUAGGCUUGUCCCGGUAGCGCUGCAGCGCUAUAUUGUUAAUAAGCUUCCUUGGGUAAAGUACCAUGAACUAGCAGGUGCUGGACACAUGUUUCCCCUUGCCAAGGAAACGAGUGAAGCUAUGAUGAAACAGUUCCUGAUUGGGGAGAAGUAGGUUGCUUUUGGCAUCACAUUGUUCUCCAUUUAGGACUUUGUAGAAAUUAUCUUUGACACGAGGUACCAUUGCUGACAGUAUAAUAAGCAUGUCUAUGUUUCUAGUCACAGCUCAUCUGUGGUUCUCAUUUAACAUAAUUAUCCAAGAUUGAAACAUUUCCCAUGAAAAGCAAUUAAGCUGAGCUGUUUUCUAA